AUGGAUGGCUUAGGCCAUGGUAUGGCUUUUGUCAUCUCACCGUCCAUGGACUUCAGUAAAGCUGUUGCAGGUGCACAUUUAGGACUCCUCAACUAUUCAAACAAUGGCCUCUCAACAAACUAUAUCUUGGCGGUUGAUCUCGAUUCCGUUCAAACCCCUGAAUUUUAUGAUAUAGAAGAAAACCAUGUUGGAAUUGACAUCAACAGCCUCAUAUCUACUCAAUCUGCUCCAGCAACUUACUUUUCCGAUGAAGAAGGGAUUAACAAAAGCUUGAGUCUACAAGAUAGAGAUCUAAUACAAAUUUGGAUAGACUACAGUGCAGCAGAAAUGUUACUCAAUGUAACACUAGCUCCCAUCAAAAUCCCAAAACCAAGCAAGCCUCUCUUGUCAAAACCCCUCGAUCUUUCUCAAAUUCUCUUAGAUUCUAUGUAUGUUGGCUUAUCUGCAUCAACUGAUCUACUUGGAAUUUCAUCCUAUAUUCUUGGAUAG